AUGAAUUUAGAUUUAAAUGAAUCCGAAGAUGGAAAUUAUAAAGUUCAGAAUUCCAAGAAGCAUAAUAUAGAAAAAAAUGAUACCCACACUAAAAUUGCAAAGAUAAGCUCUAGUUCUCCAGACAUUCACAACGAGGAUAUUCAAGACGAGAACCAGCCAUUAUAUGAAUCUCAUUAUUCUAACAACGAAGGAGAAACAGUGAAUUUCGAAAAAGAUGUCUUAGAUUAUUCAAAUAAUAAUAAUAAUGAACUCGAAGGAAAUAAAAAUAUUGUAACAGAAAAUGGCAAUGAUUAUAAGUAUAGAGGCAAAAAAAAGAAAAAAAGAAAAUUUAAAGAACAUAAGGAUAUAACUAAUUAUGAAAAUGAAAAACACCAAAAAAUUAAAGAGAAGCAUAUUGAUAAGGAGAAAACAAAUAAGAUGAUUAAAAAAUUUCGACAAAAUAAUAAAAAAAAUGUAGUGAUAAAUCCGACCGAAAUGAAGAAUCCUGAUGGCUCUAAUAUUGAGGGAGAAAUUGAUAAAGAGGAGAAAAACAAUGAUGAUAAGAGUGGGGAUAAUAAAUAUUUCAUUGAGAAAAGCGGCGAAGAAGAAGAAGAUGAUGAUAAGGAAGAAGCUGAGGAAGAAGAUGAUGCUAAGGAAGAAGCUGAUGAUAAGGAAGAAGCUGAGGAAGAAGAUGAUGAUAAGGAAGAAAAUGAUGCUAAGGAAGAAGAUGAUGCUAAGGAAGAAGAUGAUGCUAAGGAAGAAGCUAAUGAUAAGGAAGAAAAUGAGGAAGAAGAUGAUGCUAAGGAAGAAGCUGAUGAUAAGGAAGAAGCUGAGGAAGAAGAUGAUGAUAAGGAAGAAAAUGAUGCUAAGGAAGAAGAUGAUGCUAAGGAAGAAGAUGAUGCUAAGGAAGAAGCUAAUGAUAAGGAAGAAAAUGAGGAAGAAGAUGAUGAUAAGGAAGAAGCUGAGGAAGAAGAUGAUGAUAAGGAAGAAAAUGAUGAAAACGGAGAGAAGGAAGAUGUAAAAGGAGGAGAAACAAAACCUGAGGAAGGAGAGGAAGGAGAGGAAGAAGAAAAAGAUAAAGAACACGAUGAUGCAAAAUAUGGAAAAGAAGAUAAAGAGCAUAUUGAUACGAAAGAUGAAGAAGAUGCUAAAGAAAAAAUUAAAUUAAACAAUAAGGAUAAUUCAUCUGAGCACGAUAACGAUGAAAAAAACAGCAAUAAUGAAAAAGGCGUCGUGGAUGGCGAAAAUGAACAAAGCAGUGUAUCUAAAACACAAAAGAGCAAUGAAAGCGUGUGUAGCGAAUAUAGGGACAUUAAAAAAAAUGACCGACUUUUUGCAUCAUUGAGUGAUGUCAAUUCACCCAAUAAACUAUUCAGUGAAUAUGUAGGAACCUUAAAUAUAUUUGGAGGAAAGGGUAUAGAUUUGGAAAAAUUACAGAAAAAUAUAGAUAAAAAAAAAAAAGUAAUAGAUGAAAAAAAGGAUAUUAAAAUUAUCGAAGAAGAAAACCCAUUUGAAAAUGAAGAGAUAAUAUACUCAGAAAAUACUAUAAAGAUAAACAAGUUUGUUAAGAAAGACAGAAAACAAGAAUGGUCAGGUUAUUUACCAGUAAAAAUUCAAAUAAUGAAAAAUAAAGAAAAUGAUAAAUAUCGAAUUUUAUGUUUUCAAAAAGGAAGUGGAAGAUUAUUUUUGAAUACGGAUAUUUUCGAGGGAUUUAAAAUUAUUCCUUCUAAAAAUUUGUCCGCCUUAUUUAAUGGGCGUGAUAUAGGUGAUGAGAAAAUAAUAACCCAAUAUAUAGUAACGUUUAUUAGUAGUUCUUCAAGAGAUGAUUUUAUCAGUAAAAUUAAUGAUAUUGCCAAAAAAUAA